AUGGGAACUAGUCAUAGAGUUGAAGCUGUGGAUGAUAAAGGGGAUGGAAGCAGCAAGCAUUUAACAGAUUUUGAAGUUAAUAGUAAUGAGAUUAAAUCUCUUUCGAGGCAUGGAAGUUCAGCCUCUUCUUCCUCGUCAGAUUCUCAUGACCAUGUUGAUAUUCUUGGAAAUAAUGAUAAUAAACCACUUGAGAAAUCUGAACAACCUGAACUCAAAUCACCAACAGCUAUUCGUGUUUCGUUUGCGAGUUCAAAUGACAAGUCCCCAGAUAAUCAGAUGGCUGCAGAGCAAGUUCCAGCUGGUGGCUAUGUGCCAAAUCGGAUACCAUCAUCCAUUUUUAGUAGUAAGCCUGCAACACCAAUGGAUUGGAGCACUGCUUCAAAUGAAUCACUGUUUAGCAUUCACGUUGGAAAUGGCAGCUUCUCAAAGGAUCAAUUUUUUAUGUUAUAUAAGUCUGGAGAAUUGACCAAGUUAGAUGAGCAGAUCAUUGCUCAAGGUAACCUGCUGCCUUCUCUGAAAGAAUUAGACGACAUGGCAGCAAGGAAUGAAAAUGUAGAGAAGGGUUCAGGAGCAACAGAAAUGUCAAAGAAUACAACAACGGUGGUCGAGACCAGUGAAGUUGCGGCAGAUCAUAGCCACCAAAAGAUGCCUCCGGCUGAGGAAGUUCACAAUCCAGUUAGCAAUACCCCAACAGUGGACCUAGGCGCAAUUGCUGGCAAUCAUAGCCAGGAAAAAAAAUUCCCUGUAGAGGUCCAGAAUUCACCUACCAGUAGCAUCUCUCGCCUUUCCAAUGAGAGCAAUAACAGCACUCUUUCCUUUGCCUUCCCUGUGUUGGCAGGUAAUGAUGCUGGAAGAAUUAGCUGUGCGAGUGGUGACCAAAAUAACAAGGGAUUACAGACACAGUCAGUAAAUCAGCAGCAGCAGGAGCAGAAGGAGCAGAAGCAAUCUACAGAGGAAUUGCAACCACAAUCUCCUGUUACACCCCAAAAUGCUUCCAAUCGCAGUUGGUUUUCCUGGCGCCUGUCCGCCUCUCGUCAGUCGGCUCUCGAUCUCUCAAGCUCAAGAUCUCCUAACUCUCUGCCUCCCAGUCUCUCCAACUCUUCGCCUCACACUCAGCUCUCCUCAUACUAUGCCUGCCCCUGA